GCUGGUGUGGACCAAUAGCACAGCUUCACAGUUCUCAGCAUCACCAACCAAAGGAGACAUCCAGCAUCCCCAGACCACUGGAGCGCCUACAGAGACCUCCGACAAGACGUGAAGAUUGUUUUGUUUGAUUAAAAGCCUAUUAUUUUAUUACAUUUUAGGCAUCCUGACAAUCUUGAAAUUAAAUCUUUUACUUGGUGUGGCGGUUUUUGCAUCUCCUUGAUGCGCAGUUUAUCAAGGAUAAACCCAGACAGCCAUUACUGCGGCUCUUGUUUUGCCAAAGCAUCGUGGAGGAGAGCAGAUUCCUGCUUUGCCGUGACAGAGCCCUCAUCCAUCCCGUCAUAAUUCUUUUUUAAAUAGAGCACCAACCUAAAUUUGGAUGUCUAACGCAGACUGAACUAGUCUUAGGAAGCAGUGGGGCUCCAGUUUGGCACCUUCUUUAGCUGACCCCUAACCUUGAGAUCCUGAUAACCUGCUCCCCGGCAUCAUGGGAACCGUGCUAUCGCUAUCACCCAGCUACAGGAAGGCCGCCCUGUUUGAGGAUGGCCCGGCCACCGUGGGCCACUACACGGCGGUUCAGAACAGCAAGAACGCCAAAGACAAGAACCUAAAACGGCACCCGUUCAUCAACGUACUGCCGUGGAAACGAAUAGUAGCCGUCUCGGCCAAGAAAAAGGGGUCUAAGAAGGUGCAGCCUAACACCAACUACCAGAACAAUGUUUCUCACCUCAACAAUGAGAACCUCAAGAAGUCACAGUCUUGUGCAAAUCUCUCCUCCUUUACGCAGGACCAGUCGAGUCCAUCAAACCAAGGCUCCAAAAACUCCAACAACACGGCUUCUUCUGUCAAGAAGGCACCUCUUUCCAACUCCAACGUUGUUCCCGGGACACCCAAGAGGGUGAUUGUCCAAGCCUCCACCAGCGAGCUACUGCGCUGCCUGGGGGAGUUCCUCUGCCGGAGGUGCUACCGGCUCAAGCACCUUUCCCCCACCGACCCUGUGCUUUGGCUCCGCAGCGUGGACCGUUCUCUGCUGCUGCAGGGCUGGCAGGACCAGGGUUUCAUCACCCCGGCCAACGUGGUUUUCGUCUACAUGCUCUGCCGCGACGUGGUCUCCUCUGAGGUGGCCACGGAGCAUGAGCUGCAGGCCGUGCUGCUGACCUGCCUCUAUCUGUCUUACUCUUACAUGGGCAAUGAGAUCUCAUACCCUCUCAAGCCAUUCCUGGUGGAGACCUCCAAGGAGACAUUCUGGGACCGCUGUCUGUCCAUCAUCAAUAUGAUGAGCGCCAAGAUGCUGCAGAUCAACUCGGAUCCUCACUAUUUCACCCAGGUCUUUGCAGACCUCAAAAAUGAGAGCCAGAAGGAGGAGGAGAGGAGUCGUCUGCUCAUCGGCCUGGACCGGUGAGGGGGCUCUGGAGAUGUCUUUUGGUGGCACUCUUGUCUGGCAUUUUUAGAAAGGGAUGGUUAUUUAUAAAGGGAUAGAAAUUUACUCACCCUCAUGUCAUCAAACCUAUAUGACCUUCUUUUUUCUGUGGAACACAAAAGAAGAUAUUUUGACAAAUGUCUCAGUGUUUCGUAGUCCUGAGAAUCAAUGGGGUCCAACAGGGUUGUUUUGGACCCCAUUGGCUUUAACUGUACACUCUUAAAAAUCAAGGUUUCAAAGGGGGGUUUUACAGCGAUGCCACAGAUAAACGAUUUUUGGUUCCUCAAAGAACCUUUCACUGAACAGUUUCUGGGUUUUUUUUUCUAAGUGCGAAAGACAUUUAAAAAGUCUAAACAACAUUAUUCCACUAUAAAGAACCUUUUGUGGAAUGGAAAGUUUCCAUAGUUUGUUGAAGGGAUAGUUAACUCAAAAAUGAAAAUUCUGUCAUCAUUUACUUAUUUUCAAGUUGUUCCAAACCUGUAUGAAUUUCUUUCUUACGUUGAACACAAAAAAAGAAAUUUUGAAGAAUAUGGGUAACCAAACAGUUGAUGGACCCCAUUGACUUCCACUGUAUUUUUUUUGUUUUUUCCAUACUAUGGAAGUCAAUGGGGCCCACUGUUUGGUUACCAACAUUCUUCAAAAUAUCUUCUGUUGUGUUCAGCAGAAAAAAAAGACAUUCAUACAGGUUUGAAACAACUUGAAGGUGAGUAAAUGAUGACAGAAUUUUCAUUUUUAGGUGAACUAUUCCUUUAAGGGUUUUUCAUGGAACCAUCAAUGCCAAUAAAGAACCUUUAUUUUUAAGAGUGAAAACAGUUCUUCAAAAUAUCUUCUUUUUUGUGUUGUGCUGAUGAAAGAAAGAGUGUGAGUAAAUGAUGAAAUGAUGAUUUUCAUUUUUAGGUGAACUAUCCCUUUAAAUAGUUCCUACAAGGGUGGAAUAAUUAAUGGGAUAUGUUUCAGUGGAUUAUUCGCAUUCGUACAUUUUAUAGGAAGCAAUGGGUGAUGCUAAUGUUGUUUAAAAGGAGUAGUGAGUCUUUCAUUACCUUUACCAAUGGCAAUUGAAUAAUUUUGGACCUGAAUACAAAGAAAAAAUGCCAGAUUUGAGUGUACCAAGCGCUCUAAAGUAGUGAAUAUUUAAAAGCACUGACCUAAAAGACUUCAAAAGACACAACGAGAUAAAAAGAACAACACAACAAUGAAUGUGGACAGGACUCCAGCUGUUGUCUAGCUGACUUCUGGACACUUUGCACCAAUAUGUUUGCCACCACUGUCAAUAGAACUGGAGGUUGAUUCAUAAUCAACAGACACUUGAACUCCUGUGUCCAUGAAACCAGACACACACUGAAUGAUAAACACACUGCUGUUGAAAAUGCUCUGUUACAGCCAUUUGCAAAAAGGGAAACGUUGGGCGUGUUUAUGUCCGCAAGCCACAAACAAAGAAUAAAGGGAAAUGACUUUGAGGCCAGCAUUGCACAGUGGCUGUUGAUAUAGAUGGUGAAGAGGUUGUCAGCACAUUUGUAAGAAAGACCUACUUUAUUUUCAUCCAUGAUACAGAGUUAAACAGACCUCUCUGUGGUUUACGUCUCUGAAGCUUUUUCAUUUUUUAAAACAACUGUAUUCAUCUGAAUGCACAUACAACCUGGAUGAAGUUAAGUACUUUGAGUUUUUUAAGCCGACUGUAUAUGUGUUUAGGGAAUGAAAUCUGAAAAAAAAAAAAAAAAAAAUAGUUUAUCUUGCUAUGCCUGCUUCGAUGAGCCAUUGUUUUGUCAUUUCGUUUUAUACUCAGACUAGUUUCAACAGGGGGCUCUGUACAGAAAAGCCUGUAAAUGUAUCAAAAACAGUGCCAUACCUUUGAUGAAAAUCAUGUAGGUCUAAAAACACAUACCAAAGGCCGGCAAAGUUUGGAACGGUAGGAUUGUCAUUAAUAACAACAAGUAUCUAUCGAAAUCGUAAUUUAUUGUUAUUUAUUAAUUAUUUUCACACAUUUCUCUCUUGCAUUUAGAGAUUUUAGUAACGUGUUGUGAAAAAACAGUGCAGAAAUUAGUUUGAUGGCUACCUUUUGGUGAGAAUGAAGAUUACGGUUAAUGCACAUUUGCAUUUGAAUGAAUUAUUCAAGGCGAUAACGUCUAUAAGAGCUUAGUUUUAAACCAUUUUCAAAUCUGAGAAACACCAAGGUAAUUCAUCAUAGUGACAGACGAUCGGUUUCAUUCGAGGUUAAAUACCUGAAACCAAUUUCUCUGUGAAGUACUGUUGGGAUGUUCUACAUAUCAGCACUGCAAAAGCAAUCAUGAGUGAUUAUCCCAUGACAGCACACGCCAAACACAAGCUCCGGGCAUUAAAUUGGAUGAGAUGUGGUCUAUUUCUGGAGAUAAGCAGCAUAUUUAUUAUCAGAUUCACGUUAAAGUACUAAACAAUAUUACAAACUGCCAUUUGCAGACACACGUUGAUGACAUCAAUCGAACUGGACCUUGGAUACUGGAGGGAUUGCGUGUUAUAUGAUCUAUUUGCCCACUUUAAAACAUCUCAGCAGUGCUAAAUUGUGCAUGCUUUCUUUCAGUAGUUAUGUAUCUCUUUCUUUAUAGUCAAAAAAAGAAAAAAGAAAAAAAAAGAAUGUGACAGUCAUAUAAGCAAACAUUAUUAUGUCUAUCUGUUAAUUCAUGCAAAAGCCUGUUCUUCUCAUGAUCUGAAAGUGGGAUGGAUGGAUUCUGUGCGACUGCUCGCCCUGCUGCAUUGCUUUACGUGACUGAAGGUUAAAGGAAGCCAAUAAUUUGUUCAAAAAACGUGCCAGGAGAGGUUUGGAUAUGGGACUUGCACUUUUCUGUGAGAUAUUUGUAUGAGGAGACUGCAGGGGUUUGAGGUUGUGGGGGUUGAAGUAGGUGAGCCCUGUUUCACCGCUUGCCUGCUAUUAUUUGCCCCCAGCCCACAACAAAUGUGCCAUUUUUUUCACUUGCAUCACAGAGUAGUCCUUUGAAAUCAAGUACAACACUUAAAAAAGAGAAGUAAAAGAUUAAAACUCCUGUCAAACUC